ACAUAUCAACGAUCAUCUCUGUAUGAAGCAACCACAACAAGCCGGACAUCGAGAGACAUUAAAGUUUAUUUUUUGUGAUUAAAAAGUGAAAACUAAGUUCAUCAAGACAAUUUUGUACAAAUCAUGGCUGAUGCGGCAGCUAGACAGCUGCAAUACGAAUAUAAAGCCAACUCCAAUCUCGUAUUACAAGCCGAUGUACGGUUGAUCGAACGGCCACGACGUGAUGAGGCUACCGGAGAGGUGUGUUCAUUGGUUGGCAAACUCGAUGGAACGAGAAUGGGCGAUCGAUAUCAACGUUCCAAGCCGGAGAAAACUGAGGAACGUAAAGCCAAACGACAGAAGCGUGACGAAGCCCAAUAUGAUUUCGACCGUAUGAAAGGCGCCACUUUACUGUCAGAAGGAAUCGACGAAAUGGUUGGAAUCGUUUAUCGACCGAAAACACAAGAGACCCGCCAAACGUACGAGGUUCUGUUGAGUUUCAUUCAGGAGGCAUUGGGCGACCAGCCGAGAGAUAUAUUGUGCGGUGCUGCCGAUGAAAUUCUGGCUGUGCUCAAGAACGAACGACUUAAGGACCGUGAAAAGAAGCGAGACAUAGACAGUCUGUUGGGUAAUGUGGCCGAAGAACGGUUUGCUCUGUUGGUGAAUUUGGGUAAGAAAAUAACAGACUUUGGAUCGGAUGCAGUCACAGCACUGGGUGUUACGGAAGGCGAACAGAUUGAUGAAACGUACGGGAUUAAUGUUCAGUUCGAAGAGUCGGAAGAGGAGAGCGACGAAGAUGUAUAUGGUGAGGUGAGAGAUGAGGAUGGUCAAGAUGAGGGAGAGGAGGCUCGGAUUGACAACACAUUGCAUGCUGAAAAUUUGGGCAACACAGAUGAAGUCACCAAGAAAGAACGUGCCCUGCACCCUCUUGAUAUCGACGCUUAUUGGCUGCAGCGUUGCCUUAGCAAAUUCUACAACGAUGCCAUGAUAUCACAGGCAAAAUCAACGGAAGUCCUGGAUGUGUUGAAGAAUUCCAGCGAUGAUCGAGAGUGUGAGAAUCAGUUGGUACUGCUGCUCGGCUACGAUUGUUUCGAUUUCAUCAAACAACUGAAGAAGCAUCGUCAAAUGAUUCUCUACUGCACCAUUUUGGCGAAGGCGCAAAGCGAAACGGAACGUCAGAAUAUCCGUGAACGUAUGCGCAGCGACAGCAAUUUAUCGAAAAUAUUGCGACAACUCGAUACGGGCAAAAAUGAGGAUGAUGACAUGGACGGCGGUGCGUCCAGUUUGAAUAAACGCAAGGAACAAAGUGAUGAGAAUGCGGAAGGUGGUGUCGGUCAAGUUACCGGUCAACGAAAGAUUUUGGAAUUGGACGAAAUGGCAUUCGCUCAGGGUAGCCAUUUCAUGGCCAACAAGCGGUGUCAGUUGCCGGAUGGAAGUUUCCGAAAGCAACGGAAAGGCUAUGAAGAGGUCCAUGUGCCUGCAUUGAAACCGAAACCGUUCGACGAGAAAGAGGAACUGCAACCAAUCGACAAGCUGCCAAAGUAUGUGCAGCCAGUGUUCGAUGGUUUUAAGACAUUGAAUCGAAUUCAGAGUCGCCUGUGGAAAACCGCUUUGGAAACUGACGAGAAUUUGUUACUUUGCGCUCCGACUGGUGCGGGUAAAACAAAUGUCGCUCUGCUGUGUAUGAUGCGUGAAAUUGGCAAACACAUCAACGAUGACGGUACAAUCAACGCUGACGAAUUCAAAAUCAUUUACGUUGCUCCGAUGAGGUCCUUGGUACAGGAAAUGGUGGGAAAUUUCGGCCGUAGGUUGGCUUCGUACAAUCUAACCGUUUCUGAAUUGACUGGAGAUCAUCAACUGACACGCGAACAAAUUGCUGCCACUCAAAUCAUUGUGUGUACGCCAGAGAAAUGGGACAUCAUCACUCGAAAGGGAGGCGAGAAAACAUUCACAUCGCUCGUCCGAUUGGUGAUUAUCGACGAAAUCCACUUAUUGCACGAUGAACGUGGUCCUGUAUUGGAAGCAUUAGUCGCGCGUACCAUUCGAAACAUCGAGACGACACAGGAAGAUGUUCGUUUGGUUGGAUUGUCAGCCACAUUGCCCAAUUACCAAGACGUUGCAACAUUCCUUCGCAUCAAACCCGAUAAGGGUCUGUUCUAUUUCGAUAACAGUUUUCGGCCAGUCGCCCUGGAACAGCAGUAUAUCGGUGUGACCGAAAAGAAAGCGCUGAAACGUUUCCAAGUCAUGAACGAAAUUGUGUACGAGAAAACGAUGGAACAUGCUGGCAAAAAUCAAGUGCUUGUCUUCGUGCAUUCGAGAAAGGAAACUGGAAAGACUGCCAGAGCCAUACGAGACAUGUGCUUGGAGAAAGAUACACUGGGCAGCUUCUUGCGUGAAGGAUCCGCUAGUAUGGAGGUAUUGCGAUCGGAAGCAGAACAGGUCAAGAAUCAUGAACUGAAGGAAUUGUUGCCGUACGGAUUUGCCAUCCAUCAUGCUGGAAUGACCAGAGUGGAUCGUACAUUGGUUGAAGAUUUGUUUGCUGAUCGUCACAUUCAAGUGUUGGUUUCAACAGCCACACUAGCUUGGGGUGUGAAUCUGCCAGCCCAUACCGUCAUCAUCAAAGGUACUCAAGUUUACAAUCCGGAAAAAGGUCGUUGGGUAGAACUAGGCGCAUUGGACGUUCUUCAAAUGUUGGGUCGUGCUGGACGACCGCAGUAUGAUACCAAAGGUGAAGGCAUUCUCAUCACCAAUCACAGUGAAUUGCAGUUCUAUUUGUCGUUGCUGAAUCAACAGCUGCCAAUCGAAAGUCAGUUGAUUUCUAAGAUGCCCGACAUGCUGAACGCCGAAAUAGUGCUGGGAACCGUUCAAAACAUCAAAGAUGCGGUACAUUGGCUCGGCUACACUUAUUUGUACAUUCGAAUGAGACGUCAGCCGACACUGUACGGCAUUUCGUUCGACAAAAUCAAGGAAGAUCCACUUCUGGAACUCUAUCGAGCUGAUUUGGUGCACACAGCUGCUUUGCAUUUGGAUCGCAGUGGUUUGAUCAAAUAUGACCGGAAGAGUGGCCACUUCCAAAUCACGGAGCUCGGACGUAUUGCUUCGCACUACUAUUGUACGCACGAAACGAUGAUGACGUACAAUCAACUCUUGAAGGCAAAUCUAAGUGAAAUCGAACUGUUCCGAGUGUUCUCAUUGUCGGGUGAAUUCAAAAACAUCACAGUCCGUGAGGAGGAGAAACUCGAGCUGCAGAAAUUGAUGGAACGUGUUCCGAUUCCGAUUAAAGAGAGCAUCGAGGAACCAUCGGCUAAAGUGAAUGUACUGCUGCAAGCCUACAUUUCCCAGCUGAAACUGGAAGGUUUUGCUCUAAUGUCCGACAUGGUUUAUGUCACCCAGUCAGCGUCCCGUUUAAUGCGGGCAAUUUUCGAAAUUGUUUUACACCGAGGCUGGGCACAAUUGUCGGACAAGACACUGACACUGUGCAAAAUGAUCGAUCGCCGGAUGUGGCAGUCAAUGUCUCCGUUGCGUCAAUUCAAAAAGAUGCCGGAGGAAAUCAUCAAAAAGAUUGAGAAGAAGAACUUCCCGUGGGAAAGACUGUACGAUUUGGAGCCGAACGAGAUCGGUGAAUUGAUUCGUGUGCCGAAAUUGGGUAAAACCAUUCAUCGUUACGUGCAUCAGUUCCCAAAGCUUGAACUCAGUACGCACAUUCAACCAAUCACCAGGUCCACGUUGCGUGUCGAACUGACCAUCACGCCCGAUUUUCAAUGGGACGAGAAAAUUCACGGACAAUCCGAAGGUUUUUGGAUUCUAAUCGAAGAUGUCGACUCGGAGGUCAUUUUGCACAAUGAAUUUUUCCUCCUGAAAGCCAAGUACGCCGGCGACGAUCACUUGAUCAAGUUCUUUGUUCCGGUCUUCGAACCAUUGCCUCCGCAAUACUUCCUUCGUAUCAUUUCCGAUCGUUGGAUUGGUGCCGAAACACAGCUGCCCGUAUCGUUCAGACAUUUGAUUUUGCCAGAGAAGAAUAUGCCGCCCACCGAAUUGCUCGAUUUACAACCACUUCCAAUCACAGCAUUGCGUCAUGCCAAAUUCGAGACAUUGUACACCGGUCGCUUUCCUCAAUUCAAUCCUAUUCAGACGCAAGUCUUUAACGCUGUGUACAACAGUGACGACAACAUUUUCAUUGGUGCACCGACAGGUUCCGGAAAAACGACGAUUGCUGAAUUUGCCGUCCUCCGAUUGUUUUCACAACAAUCCGAUGGUCGUUGCGUUUAUCUUGUGUCCAAAGACUCCGUGGCUGACCUCAUCUUCAGCGAUUGGCACGCCAAAUUCGGUCAAUUACUCGGCAUCAAAGUGGUCAAAUUGACAGGUGAGACCGGCACCGAUUUGAAACUGCUUGCCAAGGGACAAAUUAUCGUAACAACUGCGGACAAAUGGGAUGUGUUGUCGCGACGAUGGAAACAACGGAAAAAUGUGCAAAACGUUCAUCUGUUCAUCGUCGACGAACUGCAGUUGAUCGGUGGUGAAGAUGGACCGGUGCUUGAGGUCGUCUGCUCGAGAAUGCGCUACAUUUCUUCACAGAUCGAGAAACAAAUUCGAAUUAUUGCAUUGUCAUCGUCCUUAAGCGAUGGAAGAGACGUUGCCCAAUGGCUCGGAUGCAACACAAACGCUUCGUUCAAUUUCCAUCCGAGUGUUCGUCCGAUACCACUUGAACUGCAUUUCCAAGGAUUCAACAUCACUCACAAUGCGUCUCGCAUUGCCGCCAUGUCGAAACCGGUCUACAACGCCAUUGUCAAAUACAGUCCACACAAGCCGGUCAUCGUCUUUGUGUCGUCUCGGAAACAGGCACGUUUAACAGCAGUCGACAUUCUCACUUACUGCGCGGCUGAAUCUCAGCCAAAUCGAUUUUUCCAUGCCGAAGAGGAGGACAUCAAACCGUUUUUGGAGCGCAUGACCGAUAUGACAUUGAAGGAGACGUUGUCGCAAGGUGUAGCAUACAUACACGAAGGAUUGACCUCAUCCGAUCAUAAAUUGGUUGAGCAACUCUUUGACUCGGGUGCCGUUCAAAUCGCUUGCGUAACCAGAGACUUGAGUUGGGGCCUCAAUAUUUCCGCCCAUUUGGUGAUCAUCAUGGACACACAGUUCUACAAUGGCAAAAAUCAUUCGUACGAAGACUAUCCGAUUACCGAUGUUCUUCAGAUGGUUGGACGUGCCAAUCGGCCGCUGGAAGAUAGUGAUGCCAAAUGCAUCCUGAUGUGUCAGACAUCAAAGAAGGAUUUUUUCAAGAAGUUUUUGAACGAAAGUCUUCCCAUCGAAAGCCAUUUGGAUCAUCGUAUGCACGACCAUUUCAAUGCGGAAAUUGUGACCAAGACAAUUGAAAAUAAGCAGGACGCUGUCGAUUAUCUGACCUGGACGUUUUUGUACCGUCGGCUGACACAAAAUCCGAAUUACUACAACUUGCAGGGAGUUACUCACAGACAUUUAUCCGAUCAUUUGUCGGAGCUGGUUGAGAACACUCUCUCCGACCUGGAACAAUCGAAGUGCAUAAGCGUUGAGGAUGAAAUGGACACGUUACCGCUCAACUUGGGAAUGAUUGCAGCUUACUACUACAUCAAUUACACAACGAUAGAACUGUUUUCCCUGUCAUUGAACAACAAAACCAAGAUCCGAGGACUUUUAGAAAUUAUAUCGUCGGCCGCUGAAUACGAAGACAUUGUGGUUCGUCAUCAUGAAGAAAGUAUUUUGAGGAAUUUGGCUCAGAGACUGCCGAACAAAGUCACUGGAGCGAAUGGAGCCCAACCGAAAUUCAACGAUCCACACAUCAAAACCAAUCUACUACUUCAAGCACAUUUAUCGCGACUGCAACUCGGUCCCGAACUGCAAGGCGACACAGAAAUUAUUUUAGCCAAAGCAAUUCGCCUGAUACAGGCCUGCGUCGAUGUUCUCUCGUCAAAUGGCUGGUUAUCACCGGCCGUUGCCGCUAUGGAACUGGCACAAAUGGUCACACAGGCGAUGUGGAGCAAGGAUUCAUAUCUGAAACAAUUGCCACAUUUCAACGCCGACGUUGUGAAGCGGUGUACCGAAAAGAACAUCGAAACCGUCUUCGACAUCAUGGAAUUGGAGGACGAGGAUCGAUCUCGAUUGUUGCAAUUGAACGAUGCACAGAUGGCCGAUGUAGCACGAUUCUGCAAUCGCUAUCCGAACAUUGAAAUGAGCUUCGAAGUGGCGGAAAAGGACCGAAUUCAUUCAGGAUCGACAGUCAAUGUCAUCGUACAUUUGGAACGCGAGGAUGAAGUGACCGGACCGGUUAUUGCACCGUUAUAUCCACAGAAACGCGAAGAAGGCUGGUGGGUUGUUGUCGGCGAUCCACGAACCAAUUCACUCUUGUCGAUCAAACGGUUGACGCUGCAGCAAAAGGCUAAAGUGAAGUUGGACUUUGUGGCACCUAGCCCUGGUCAUCAUGACUACACAUUGUACUACAUGAGUGACUCGUACCUGGGAUGCGAUCAGGAGUACAAGUUUUCAAUUGAUGUGAGUGAUUUCCAAUCGGAUAGCGGCAGUGAUUCCGACUAAAAUUUGGACUUUUCUGUAUAACGUGUAAUGCAAACACACAGCACUUGUAUUCUGUCAACUAAGAUUUUAUUAAACUUAUGGAAGACGCAAAAA